AUGGCUUCUCAUCUAAAAGGUGUUGCAAAAUCAACUAUGUCAGAUCAAAUACGUAAGGAGUUGUGCGAGUACAAGAGAGAUAAUCCUGCAAGCACACAAAAAGACUUGCAGAGAUGGCUUGAGGGAAAAUUUCAGUUGAAAGUUAGUCAAGGAACAAUAUCAAACACACUUAAGCGGUCAAAUGACUAUCUCUCUGCUGAAAUAGAAAAGGGAAGAGCGGAGAUCAAAAGACACAAACCAGCAAAAUAUCCUGACAUGGAGAAGGUUGUUUAUGAGUGGUUUCUACAGCAUCAAGAACGUGUGAAUAUCACAGGAGAAUUAAUUUUGCAGAAGGCAAGAGAUACAAAGAAACUCUUGUACCCUCAUGAUGAUUCAGAUUUUAACUUCUCUACAGGAUGGCUUGGGAAAUUCAAGCACCGACAUGGCAUAAAGUCAUUUCGUCGUUUUGGCGAGAGUGGGCCUGUUGAUGUACAAGACAUGGAGCAUAAAUUGGUAUCGAUUCGAGAGAAAAUUGAUCAGUUCUCUAUGAAAGAUGUUCGUUCAUUUGACCAAAUGAUGCAUGGUAGAAGAGUUCUACUUGUGGUGGAUAAUUGUCCAGCACAUCCAAGAAAUAUUGAAGGGCUAAGAAACGUUGAGUUGUUCUUCUUGCCACCCAACAUGACAUCAAAGAUUCAACCUUGCGAUGCUGGGAUAAUAAGAGCUUUCAAGAUGCAUUACCGUAGAAGGUUUUACCGCAAAAUAUUGGAAGGUUAUGAGGUGGGACAAUCUGAUCCAGGGAAGAUAAAUGUCCUUGAUGCUAUCAAUUUGGCAAUCCCAGCUUGGACGAUAGAUGUUCGAAAAGAAACAAUAGCGAAUUGCUUCCGACACUGUAAAAUUCGUUCAGCUAGUGACGUUGUAGGAAAUUUGGAUGAAUCCACUUUUGAUGAAGAAACUCAAGACCUCCAGACUAUGAUCAAUCAAUGUGGCUAUCGUAAUAAGAUGGAUAUCGACAAUCUAAUGAACUACCCAGGUGAAAAUGAAGCAUGUUCGGAGGUUCAGAGUUUAGAAGAUAUUGUGCGUACUAACAUUGAGAACAAUGCAGAGGAUGACGACGAAGAUGAUACGGUGUCUUUGGAGCCUGUUACGCGAAAGGAAGCACUUAUGGCGUCGAACACUCUUCACAACUUUAUAAUACAAUACAAAAAUACAACACCUCAGCUAUUGGAUGCAAUAAGAAAAAUUUGA